AUGCGAGGAGAUCGGUCAGUGAAAUCGGUAAUUCUGCACGUCUCGUGGUCAGCUUUCGUGGUCGCAAACGCUCGUUCGAGCCGAGCACGAGCCUGAGCGUAAGGCUUCGCGAUCGGUUGCGAAUUACGUAUGCGAAAAGGUGUGCGUAUGAGCGUGCGUUUUUCGAAACUGGCAUCUAGACGCACGUGCUCAUGUCUGAGUACGACUUAGGAUUUUCGAGACGCGUUCGAACAAUGUGACACUCGACCAGCAGGCGAGAACACCUCCCCAUCUGGUCAGCGCAUUGUGUAUCGCCAGCCUCCGUCGCGGUCCUUGUUUUGCUCUCAGAGUGACAACAGCCAUGGCCUUGGUUCUCCCGGCCACCUGCACAGCGCUGGACCUACGUGAGAUGCUAACGAUCAACAAUCCGUUGACGGUACACCAUCUGAACCUCACAAACUGCGUAAUCGCCAGUCAAGACGGCCUUUGCGAGUACACAGGAUUGUGCUCGAACCUACAGUCCCUUGAGUGUGUCGCCUGCCCGAUCCUUGUAAGUAAGCUGCUGUGGCUGCUCCAGGAACGGCUCCCGCAGCUCGAGGAGCUAGCAUUUUCGCUCUCGGUACCACCUAGCGAAAUCACCAAGGAGGUUGGGAGUGUGCUCGAGAGCCUGCACCAAGUUCCCCGCAAAACGGUUAACAACCUGCGCAGCGUGUACGUCGAAAUGCGGGGCGACGACAACGCCGUGCUCCUCCUGUGGCUGCUCGUCAUCUGUCCCAACGUGACCGAUAUUCACGUGCACCUCGCAAGUGGAGACGUCCGUCUCUGUUUGCUGCAGAUGGAAAGGAUCGUACGCCGGCUGCCCAAGGUGCGCGAGUUCACGUUCUCUUCCGACGUCCCGGCCACGGUGGAGGACGAGCCGUUUCCGGCGACUCUGUUCAACAGGUGCGCGCUCGUCUGCGCAAACGUCCGCGUUUCCAACGGGCUUUACAACUGCGUUUGGCUGCGAGAACUCGUCCGCGAUCCUACUCGCCGAGGGGUCUUCACGCAGCUCGUCUUAGUCUUUGACAAAAGAGAUGACCUGGCACACAGGAUCGCCGAGGCCGCCCUCGGGCAUGACUGGACUAACGUGUGCUGUCUCACUCUCGUUCUAGCCCCAAAGCAUCCGUCUGCCGCCGCGCCCCAACCGAUGGCAGAAGGUGCGUACUUCGAUGCCCUGCGCGUGUUCUUCUCCGCCUUCACAUCCCUUGAGCAGUUAAAUAUCAACUCGUUUCACUUCGGAGUGGACAUCGACGUGACGCGAUUGCUCCGUUACGCGGGACUCGUGUCCUUGAAGGCGCUGUCGACGCCACCUUGCGGGUUAAGUCGCAGGCACGCGGUGCGUCGCUUGGCUGACGCCUGUCCGGGGCUCGUCGAGUUAGACGUGCGCGUGGAACAGCGUGGAACACAGCUCGGAUGCACCGUAUGCCAGAAGUUCGAGUUCCGGCUCGACAAGGAUGACAUGGACGCGCUGCAAAAGGAAGAUCCGCCGCGCUCUCGGAGGCUCACCCGACUGACGCUCAGCGGUGUGCUUCGUCUGGAGUCUCUGCUUUUCCUGGAGCAUUGCAAGGUGGACGAACUCCGCCUCGUAGACUGUGCAGAUGUGUCGCACUUUAUGGACAUCGGGAAACUCCUGGCCAGAAGCGAUCUGCUCAGUAGCCUUCUCAUCCGGAACGAAGCACUGCCUUUUGGAAGGGGCAAUUUUCUGGACAGCAUCACGCGCGCCGUAAGCCUGAAGUACCUGUGCCUUUUGUCUGACCUUCCCGUACCCGACGACAUCGCGGAGGCGCACGUGAAACACCUGGCCCAUCGACUGCCGCUGCUCAUCUGCGUGCACGUGCACUACUGGAGCAUGGAGAAUGGCCACGAGCGGCAGAUCACGUGGCUUCGGGACUCGGUCAACACAGCGAGAAAGGGCCACUUGUUUCGAGACGGGCCUUGCGUCAUAUGCUCCACGGCGACCUUCAUAGCACUCGAGAAGCCGCUGAACCGAGACUGUCUGAUGUGACGACUCGCGCGCAAGAGUCUUCGUUCGUGCGUUCCUUAGCUAUCGCGCAGGCGAUCCAAGCGGAGCAAGUUCGUGCGUGCAGACCAUAGAGUUUCCUGAUAAUGCUCUAGAGGGAAAUGUCAAUAUGUGUGGGAGC